AUGCUCGCAACCGACUCCGCUGGGCAGCUGAAGCAGAAGAAGCGCAUCAACAGGAAGCUUACGCAAGCCGCGAAUGCCAACGCCAUUGCAGUCCUGAGUGUGGUGUCCGAGGAGCUCAAGUACAUGAAUGGGGUGAACAUGGCGACGGCGCUCCAUCGCAUUGCCCGGCACUGUGUAAAGGGCGAGUCGGGCCCCGAUGCCGCAGCCAGCCCGGAAGCCUUGAAGGAGGUCCAAGAGCACCCUGCCUAUGCCGCACUGCUGCAAGCGGUGGAGCAACAGGCAGAGGUCGCUCUCUUUGCGCAAUCUUGCGGCCGCGCUGAUGAGUCUGAGGAGGUGCUGCCAGCACAGUGUGCCAGCAUCAUUGCCUGGUCUUUGGCGUGCUUGGACAUCUACAACGAACGGCUUCUGAGCGUGCUGGCGGCCUUGGCCGUUCCAGGGCUCGAAGCCUUCAAAUUCUACGAGGUGACCAACAUGCUCUGGGCUUAUGCCAAGCUGAAAGCAGGAGGUCACGGAUCCGUGCUUAUCGAGGCGCUGGCUCAGCGCCUCCGUCGUCGCCGUUUGGGCGAGUACAAGCCCCACUGCCUCACUCUCGCGCUCUGGUCCUUCGCGGAGCUGGGUGUCAACGACAUGGUCCUGGCGGACAGCAUCGCAUUGGAGCUGCGGCGGGAGGCAGACUGUCUCCAGCCCCAGGAGGUCUGCAACAUCAGCUGGGCGUUGGCUCAUGGCUUCCGCAGCCCGAGGUUGCUCGAUACGCUCCGAGAGGCGUUGGCAGGCGAUGUGCUGCGGCGGUUUAAGCCCCAGGAGUUUUCGAGCUUCAUGCAGUCCAUUACGACAGGAGGCGUCCCUCUCCCAGGGCUUUUCGGUCGCUGUGGAGCUCCUGCGCUGAGGCUCGCGAAGAGCAUGAAGGCCAAGCACAUCCUCAGCACGCUCAAGGCAUGCGAAGUGGCUGGGUGCCGGGAGUGCCCCGACCUCGUGCCGCGGCUCUUGGAUGUGGCCGUGGACCAGAUUGGGAACUUUGAGGCCCACGAGCUGGUUGCAGCGACUUGCACCGCAGCGGAGCUCUGUCCCGAACACCCAGGAUUCUUCAAAGCCUGUGCAUCCUGCUUGGUGCCCCUGCUCUCCGAGCUUUCGGUGGACAAUCUUGCUGACCUCAGCCACACCUUCACCAAGUGCCGAGACACCACAUCCGCUUCCUGGAUCAUGUACUACGUGCAACUGGAAUCCUGGCCAGUUGAUUGGGACACAUGCCAAGGUCUUGCAGGUAGGUUGAUGACGAUGACGACGAUGAUGAUGACGAUGAUGAUGACGAUGAUGAUGAUGGUCAUGUUGAUGAAGGCGCUGUGGCAGAGGCUGCCGUUCAGCCUCAUGUUGCUGACAAUCGCCCUUGCGUAUGUCCUUUUGCCUUUUUGUGACAACUCCGUUUCCUUCCUAGUCGAAGCCUUCUUGAGUUUGGACAAGGAGUCCUGA